AUGCUCUACAGUCACGUCACGCUGCUUAUGCUUCGUGUCGUCGACGUCGUCGCGAAGACGACGGUCCAGCAAUCGGCGCGGAUGCUCGUCGCCGAGAUUCACGGCGAAAUCCAAAUCGGCGCCCUGUUCCCGAUUCAUCGACAAAUCGCCGGCUCGGAGAGCUGCGGCGAGAUCUGGGAACAGUACGGCAUUCAGCGCAGCGAGAUCGCCAUGCUCACCGUCCGACAGAUCAACGAGGAGUUGCCGUUCAAACUAGGCCUAAGUAUACGCGAUUCGUGUUGGAGCGAACGAAUAGCAAUGGAGCAGACGAUCGCGUUCCUACGAGAAGGUGUCGCUCAGUGCUCGUGCUGUCAAACUCCCGGCUGCAACAAGAAGAGUGUGCCGGUGGUGGCCGUCAUUGGGCCCGGCAAAAGCUCGUCGACAAUUGCUGUCCAGAAUCUACUACAGGUGUUUCGGAUUCCACAAGUCGGAUAUUCGGCGACGACUCCCGAUCUCUCCGACAAAGAGCAGUUCGGCUAUUUCCUUCGCGUUGUGCCGUCGGACGUAUUCCAAGCGCAAGCAAUCAACCAUCUCCUUCAUCAUUUCAACUGGACCUAUGUCGCCGUGCUCUAUUCAGCGGGCAACUACGGCGAAAAGGGAUUCGAGAGUCUUGAGCGACUCGUCGGACAGAAAUCAUCGAAUGUGUGCAUCGCUUAUCAGGAGAAAAUCAAGACAUUGGCCAGCGAUGAGGAAUAUCGAAAGGUUCUUCUCAGUUUGUCUUCUCAGAAAGUGCGUCCGCAGGUUGUCGUUUGCUUCUGCGAAGGCGCCUCUAUGCGCCAAUUCUUCAAGGCCCAACAAUUUUUGGCAAAAAAGACGAGAACUUUUAAGAGAUUCCAAUGGAUCGGAUCCGAUGGUUGGGCUGAUCGCAACGAUGUCGUCGAAGAGCUUGAACAAGAAGCUGAAGGGUCAUUCUCGAUUCGGAUUCAUGCGCCAAAAAUUCCCGGAUUUCGCCAAUAUUACACGUCGCUUCACCCUGAAAAUAACACCCAAAAUCCGUGGUAUCGAGAGUUUUGGCAGCAGAAAUUCAAUUGUCAAUUUGCGGUUUCCAAGGAGGACAAAAACAACGAGAACAUCAAAAUUUGCACUGGCGACGAGAAUUUGGACGAAAACUACAAAGAGGACCCGAAACUGUCGCAAGUGAUCAACUCGAUUCGAGUGGUUGCCCUCGGUCUCAAAGCGAUGUACUAUGAUCGAUGCAGGGACAAUUCGACGUUGUGCACCGAAAUGCUCUCAAGAAACGGCACUCUGCUCUACGAAUACCUGCUGAAUGUGACAUACAGCGACCAGUUCAAACAGCCCGUUUAUUUCGACAGAAAUGGCGAUCCGCCAGCAUGGUAUGACAUUUUGAAUUAUCGCGGCACCACAGACAUUGACAAUCCGUAUAAUGAGGUCGGCUCAUUCAAAUCUGUGAACAAUGACGGAAAAGCCGAGCUGGCGAUGUCGUCUGAUAUCAUGUUCUUCGACAAAACCGGACGAUUGCCGGAAUCGGUGUGCAGCAAACCGUGCGGAAUUGGUCAAAGGAAGCGCGAAACCAUGGCGUGUUGUUGGAUUUGCGAAAAUUGUCUAGAAUUUCAAUUUGUGAAUAUCACCAGAAAUCAGUGUCAGAAUUGUUCGCUGGGAUUUUGGCCGAAUGCGAAUCGAACAGACUGUGUCCAAAUCACACCAGAAGAAGUGUCAUGGAAAUCAUUCGGCCAUAUUGCCGCUCUGAUCCUCGCAAUUAUGGGCAUCAUUACAACCAUCGGCACAUUUUGUGUGUUCCUUCGCCACAAUUCGACGCCCGUAGUGAAAAGUACCACUCGUGAGCUUAGUUAUAUAAUUUUAUCCGGUCUUGUUGCUUGUUACGCGGUGUCUUUUGCAGUUUUGGCAACGCCAUCAUCAAUAUCAUCGCUUCUCACAAAAACCAAUCGAAUCGCGCGAAUUCUCGCAGGUAGCAAAAAACGGAUUUUGACGAAAAAACCGCGAUUUUUGUCGACAUUCUCUCAGGUUGUCAUCACUUGGAUACUUGUCGGAAUUCAGUGUGUCAUUGUUGCUGUUGGUUUGAUGCGCGAUUGGCCGUACGCGACAUAUGCCAAAUAUGCACUUCCUAGGCAAUUAAUUCUGGAAUGCGACACGGAGACCAAGUCAUUUCUCAUACCAUUCUUUUGGGAUUUCUUCCUUAUUUCACUUUGCACAUUAUAUGCUUUCAAAACUCGAAAUUUGCCCGAAAAUUUCAACGAGGCCAAAUUUAUAGGAUUUACAAUGUAUUGCACGGUGGUUGUAUGGAUUGCGUUCCUCGUACUUCAUAUGGGCACCAUUCAUAAAGCGCUCGUAAUGAGCUUCUCCUAUUCAUUAUCCGCUUCCGUCGCACUCGCUCUUCUCUUCUUUCCCAAAUUAUAUAUUAUCAUUGUGCAUCCCGAGAAGAAUAUUCGAGCCUCUUAUACGACGACGAAGCUCAUUCGAUGUCAUUUUGGCAAUUCGCAAGCUGCUUAUGACAGCACAAGUAAACAGCAACAUCUCGGCUCGAAGACAACUCAGCGAACAUCGAUGCAGAGCGGAUCCGCAAGUAAAUCAUCAAGUAUGGCUGGUGGAGUGACUCGAACAGCUUCUGUUCAUGUUCCGGCGCCUAGGGGAAGCACUCAUUCAACGGAUGCUUGCACACAAACAGAAACGACCAACAAAUUCACGCGCAGUUUUUCGAUUGUCGGCCGCAAAAAGCCGGGACUCGAUGACGAUGUGCAGCAGCUCGUUGAAGCGUGUCGACGAUAUCAGGAUGAGCGCAUCAAUUCGUCGGCAGCGAAUCUUUUGCUCGAGGAGUCCGAAGACGAGCAUGCGAACGGUACUCUCGACGGUCGCCGGCAAAGGCGUUGUGCCGAGUUCGACGACGCCGUCGGCGCCGCCGCAGGAGGACAAGGACGGCAACUUCGAACAGUUGCUGAGGAGCCGAGGUGUUCAGCCGCUCAAUUUCUCGCAGGCCACACCGCUAUAAUGAUGAGUCGAAGCAGCAGCAGUCGAAGCCGGAACAGCAGCGCGAAUCCGUCGCCGACGCCGUCGAUCGCCGCUUCGUUGUCCGAUGAGGAGCUCGCGCAGAUCUCCGUUCGACAGCUCAAUCAGAAACUUAUGGGUCAAGAUCGCAGUUUGGUGAUGGAAUUGAAGCAGAAACGACGAACUCUUAAGAAUCGCGGAUAUGCAUUGAACUGCCGAGCUCGCCGAGUUCAGAAUCAAAUGAAACUUGAGGCCGACAAUCUCGUUCUGCGCAAUCAGGUAAAAAAUCUUCGCGCCGCUCUUCAUCAAGCCCAAUUACGUCUCCAAUUCUACGAGCCGUCAACCAUGUUCGAAUAUCCGGCCACCAUGGCGCAACCAAUGCAAAUAAUGGCCCCAAUUAGUCCGCAAUUCUACAACGAUUCGCCACUUCCGCACCAAAGCCACCAAUUCGAUUUCCAGCAGCAGACUCUCGAUCACCAACAUCAUAUCAUGCCAACCUCGCCGGACUCACCGGAAUUCAAACCAUACUACUAA